AUCAAAUCUGUUCAUAUGUCAUUUGAUUAAGGGAGAAUUUAAAUAUUUUGGCUCCUGCUUUGUUUAUCUUAACAUCCAUAAAACCGGGUCUUGAAUAAGAAAAAAAGAUAGUCUUCCUGAAUCCAACGGAUAACCAUCGACAAGAUUUUUAUCUCUGCGACCUGAACAAAAAGUGAAAACUUCAGCUGAGUUGAAUUUAUAUCAACCCGGAAGAAUAAAGUUUUUUGAAUAAAACAAGAAGAAGGAACGAAGCAGACAAAAUAUACUAAGUUCCUGUGAUAAUGGGAGUUACAUGUACCAAGAAAAUCAUCAUAUUGUCAGUUUUAGUCUCUCUGAUAACAUCGUCUCUUACGGCAAUGGAACCACUAGACAAUAAAGCUGCGACAAACGACAUAGAUAUUUCAACAACACGUACAACGAAAGACCAAGAAAUAACGGCCAUGCACGAGACCGGCGAAACUUCAAAUACACCCCUCACAAGACAUGGUUCAACAUUUCAUUCCACUGCUGUUUCAGGGGCGACCAAAACCAUAUCUGAAUUUAAAAUAACGAAAGAAAAUAACACUUCGUCACAAAUUCUCACAUCUAUGAAAGCUCAUGAUCAAGCAAUAAUUGAUUCUACACAUAUAACUGAUGAAGAGGAUAGAGAAUCAGCCAGUGAAGAAAUGACUUCUUUGAAAAGUUCUGACCUACCAAUGUUCAAAGAAUCUAUCACAGAACAACCGACUGAGUUAUCAUCUAUAUCAACAAUAUCUAUAUUAAAUGAAUAUGUAAGUACUAAUCAAUCGCCACCAACGUCUUCAUCGGUUAUUGGUUAUACAUUGGCAAUAGCAGAUGACAAUGAACUAUUAAGUACUGAAAAACCAACCAUUUCUGUAAAUACAGGAACAACGGUUACCAAUCAAAUACAAUCAUCAUUAUCAUCAUCAUCAUCAACAACAUUAUCAACAACACCAAAAGCAACUGUUCCAACAACAAAAGUAACAACAAUACCAUUCACAACAACAACUACGACACCGAUAACUUCGACAACACCAAGUACUACAACACCAAUAACUUCAACAACACCAAUAACUACAACAACACCGAUAACUUCAACAACACCAAGUACUACGACAACACCAAUAACUUCAACAACACCAAGUACUACGACAACACCAAUAACUUCAACAACACCGAUAACUGCAACAGCGACCAAUAAAACAACAACCAAGACAACUAUAACAACAACCCUAAGAACUACGACACCAUUAAGUACUACAACAACACCAAAAACUACAACAACACUCAAUACAAUAACAACACCAAGAACUACAACAACACGAAGUACAACAACAACAACAAUACGUCCAACACCACUACGAACACCAACAAUGUCAUCGUCAAAAAGAACAACUCCUACACAUAUGACGUCUCGAAGCACUUCGGCCUUGGAAACACCUAAUCAGUAUUUGAAUGAAAUAAAUCAUCUAAAUUCAAAUGUAUCAGACUUAGAGGAAGAGGUAUCUUCCUUGACAGCAGCAGUUGUCGUUUUAAGUCUGUUUUUGGUGACCAUUUUGAUAUUGUGUGCUGUUUAUUACAUACGUCGAAGACUGCGUCCGGCAAAAUCGCCAUUUGAUGACAUAAAUAUGAAGGAAAUUGACGUUGAAAAACGAGAAAAUGAGAGGCGGGGUCCUUUCUUCGGAAAUACAGACAACAUAUUCAGGGUGAGCACAGCCACUCUCGGAGAAAAUGACCAUACUCCUGUGCCUGCGAAAACUUUCAAACCCGCCGGCAACACGGGAUACUCCGAGAGGACUAGUGCUAGCAUAACAAUAGACGGGAAUAUAGAAGAUAGAUCUGUGUUGUGAAAUCAUGUGUAAAAAUCUUCAAAAAUGUAAAAUCUUCCGCUUAAAAGGAGGGUCAUUUUGUUUACGAAAUGACUGACAUUUAUUUAGAAGGCUGGAUCGUCAACAGUUAACCCAUUCCAUCAUUUUGUAAUUCAUUUAACGAAUCACAAUUGGCAUCUUGGCACUAUGUUACUGAUUCAUUACCCAUAUAUUUAGUCCUCAUACAUAGAAGAUAGAUCUGUGUUGUGAUGAUAAAAUCAAACUUAAAGAGAGUGAAGUCUUCAGUUUAACAUUUACGAACUGCUUGAAAAUUAUCGAAGGGGCAUGGUCACGAUUUUGGUUUAUUUUAAUUUUCUGUUUAUAUUAUUAAUUGCUUUAAGAAUGCAUUUCUAAUGGUCAGAUAAAAUCUGAGAGUCAGUGGUAGAGUUAAAAGAAAGGUACAGGGCCAACAACUCUUUGUCAUGUAAACAAGGCCAGUACCCUGUUUUUGUUUACAUAGGAUCUAUACUCCAAUAAAAUUAUUUUUCAAGCUGAUUCCUAUCCUCUAAUUCGUUUUAAGCCCAAAAAGCAGUUUUCUAACGUUAAACACAUUUAUUUUAGAUCUAAAACUGGGAUUUUCACUACUUUAACAUUCAAAAUGUAAACAAAGGCGUUGUCGACAUAGCAAAAAAUGUAUGCUCUGUGACUUGCUUAUAACUGAACAAAUCACACUUAAAAUUUGGUUUUCUGUUAAAACAGCCUUACUGAAGCAUUGUAAUCCUUAAAAUGGGUAAAACAAUUUUGACCAAAGUUGUGACCAUGUUCUUUAAAGAAGGCUGCAUUCAAUCUUCUAUACAAUCAUAUUAUAUUUCAUCUAACAAAUCAGCAUUGAUUCAUGCAUCUUGACACUCUGUUAUUGGUUUAAAGAAGGCUGCAUUCAAUCUUCUAUACAAUCAUAUUAUAUUUCAUCUAACAAAUCAGCAUUGAUUCAUGCAUCUUGACACUCCGUUAUUGGUUCAUUAUUCAUAUAAAUCCAACUCAUAUCUUGUUUAAGUCAUAACCCUUCAGAUUUAGUAAAAUGAAAACCUGUUAAAAGGCUACAAACAGUUAACUUGUGUAGAGUUUAGUGGCUGCCAUAUCAUCUGUAUGUUAAUUUGUUAAAAUGUACUUUACAGGGAUUUCCAAAUAAAACUCUUAUUGGUCACAUAUUCACAUCCUUGUUACAAAACACGCGGUUUUAUCAUAAUUGACUGUAAAAUAUUAUGUAAGUAGUUUUCUUAUCAGUUUAAGAUUGUUUAUGUCGAUGUGUUUAUAUUUUUAAAACCUUUUUAAGAAUGA